AUGUUACCUUAUAUAUAUUUAUUACUCACGCUAAUUGCGCCCAUUUUUGCUGAUCCUUCAAUGGAAGAGUUGGAAGGUACAUGGACUUCCAAAUCAAAUACUGUAUUCACGGGACCAGGUUUUUAUGACCCCGUUGACGAGUUAUUGAUUGAACCAGAUUUACCUGGUAUUUCGUAUUCAUUUACUAAAGACGGUCAUUAUGAAGAAGCACUUUAUCGUGUAACCAGUAAUGCCAAAAACCAUUCAUGUCCAGUUGCUUCAAUCACUUAUCAACAUGGAACUUACGAAAUACUCAGUAAUGGAUCAGUUGUCUUGAAACCUAUUGCCGUUGAUGGAAGACAAUUACUUUCAGACCCAUGCAACCAAGACGAUCCUACAAAGUCUACUUAUUCGAGGUAUGUACAGGCAACAUGGUUCAAAACUUAUCAGAAAUACGUUGACCCAUACCAUGGUAGAUGGAGAUUACAAAUUUAUCAAUUUGAUGGAUCAAAAAUGCAACCGUUAUAUUUGGCUUAUAAACCGCCACUCAUGUUGCCUACUGAGGCACUUAAUCCCACUGAUUCUGCAAGUGAAACUGCAACCACUUUGUCAGGAAGUGGCAGCGGCAGCAGCAGUAAAAAGAAAAGAAGCAUUUUGGAAAUGAGAUCCAAUUUGAAAAGAUCUUUGGAGAACUCUUAUAGAACUACUGCUGUGAAAAAGGGACAUGAUGAUGCAUUUGACAUGUAUUGGUGGAUAAGUGUUGGUUGUUUGGGAUUGGCAUCAGGUUUCUUUUUCUUAAAAAAUUGA